AGCGAAGAAACAAGUGAUCUUGACACCACCGGUAUCGGUACUAUAGAUCCUAACCUUAUGUGGCAAGCCAUUCAAGGCCUUGAAAAGAAGAGUGACCUUUGGGCGGGAACGCUUAAUAAACGCAUCACCGAUGCUUCACUUAAGCUGAAAAUGCCGGAAACAGCUGUGGCAAAGUGACUCGAACUCCCAAUCGAGACCUUCAACCAAAAAAGUAAAAACAGCUUUCUCAGUUGCGCGGAUUACUCAUCGGACGAAUCUGAUGGAAACGUGCAUUCCAUUCUUGGAAAGGAAAGGGAAGAAAAGCAAGAUGGCGACUCUCGCUACAAUCUGCUGAAGGAGAUCGAAGAAGAAUGGAACCACAACAUGCCACUCUUGAACUAUUAG